AUGGGUCAUCGAGAAGACUUGAUCGCAGCCAUGACGGUCUUUCUAGUGGUUGAUACUAUAGCCAUAGCUUCUCGUCUUUACGUUCGAACGAAGAUGCUCUCGCGUGGCUUUGGUUGGGACGACGUCUUCCUCAUAUUGACCUAUGCUGGCUUCGUUAUCUCCUGUGCUAUGGGGUUCACCUCACUUCACUAUGGCUACGCUGCUCCAGAUAAACAGCCAUACUACAACACAACUCUAGCCACGCGUUUCCUAUUUGCCAACCAAGUAACGCUUUAUAUCAGCGCCGGUCUGGUGAAACUGGCUGUGGCGCUGGUUCUCUAUCGGCUAGCCUCCACCAAACGCCUACGUUGGAUUAUCAUCGGGUCAAUGGUCGUCGUUACGAUAUGGACCAUAGUUAUGACUCUGUUCGCCUCCUGGCCGUGCGCGCAGAGCGGCUCAAGCAACUGGGCGGGGAGUAAGGCCUGCACGCAAGUGGGCUACUUCCGCACCAUCAGCAACAUCUUCAUCGACUACUUUUACGCCCUGUUGCCUAUCUACAUUCUCCGGAAGACGAAAAUGAGCACGAGGCUGAAGGUUACCGUAAUGCUGCUAUUAGGAUUAGGCGCCUUUGCUAGUUCUGCUACCAUCGUAAAGCUUGUUAUUAUAAUCAAGCUACCCUCAGCUAAAGGCGAGGUAGCUGCUGGACUUCACCAUGAUCUACUUCUCUGGGCCGAUAUCGAACUCGGGAUGGCUACCUUCGCAACAUCGGCAGCAGCUCUUCGGCCACUCCUCAAACUUAUUCCGGUCAAAUGGGCCAGGACUCUGACACCAAAUAGCCACGGCACGAGCGAUGCUGUCGGCCCCUAUCGCGAGCUUGGUGCUAGCAACGAGCUGGGUCUGGUUCACAGGGGCGAAAGUAAUGGAGCUAGCGAUACUGAGGAAGGAAUAUUACCAAAGACUAGUUGCUGA